AUGUCAGUAUCCCUAAAACGCAUCGCUCUUAUGUCAUCUACAAAUUUACAUGUCCAAGGUGUAGCCAUGCAAGAUUGUGACAUUAAUACUAAACCCAACGAGUUCAACGUCUUGAGAAACGCGACCAAUAAAGAAGAAUUGCUCCGCAGUAAAGAGAACCCGUGGAUACACAAGUCCAGUCCUGAUGAACCAACAACGAAUGAGUCUAGUCCCGAUGAACCAACAACGAAUGAGUCUAGUCCCGAUGAACCCACAACGAAUGAGUCCAGUCCCGAUGAACCAACAACGAAAGAGUCCAGUCCUGAUGAACCCACAACAAAUGUGUCCAGUCCCGAUGAACCAACAACGAAAGAAUCCAGCCCUGAUGAACCCACAACGAAUGAGUCCAGUCCUGAUGAACCAACAACAAAAGAGUCCAGUCCUGAUGAACCAACAACGAAAGAGUCCAGUCCCGAUGAACCAACAACAAAAGAGUCCAGUCCUGAUGAACCAACAACGAAAGAGUCCAGUCCUGAUGAACCAACAACGAAAGUGUCCAGUCCUGAUGAACCGUCACCUUAUUCGAAAUUUGGCUAUUAUUAUCGUUUCGAUUUUGUAAAAAUUCGAACAUCGCUCACUCCAGCUUCAAUAAUCAAGAACUGA